AUGCAGACACUUUGGCCAAGGAUUUGUAAUAAAGAAGGAAUUGAAACCAAUGGUUCAUCGCUGUUGGAGCAUAUGGUGGGUCAAACAUUGACAGUGACCACAAAAUGGUCAUUGCAAGAAUAUUGGAGAAAAGUAAAGAAACUCGGAUCUCUAUUGGGAGACGAACAAGACGUGAUUAUGCGGAAAACACAUGCAAACAGUGCACUACGCAGCUUAAAGGAAAAUUGGCUAAAACGAAAAGGACUCAGCACAAAAACACGGAUACGACUAUACAAUUCACUCGUGAAGCCAAUACUCCUAUAUAACGCCGGAACUUGGGGAUUUUCCGCUACAGACAAUGACAACCUAGACUCUUUCCAUAGAGAUCACCUCCGACGUACUCUAGCCUCCAAGUGGCAUUCAAGGCUGAGUAGCAGAACAGUUUAUGUCAGAACAUCAAGCAAACCAAUCUCGCUCGAAAUUACCGAAUGCAGAUGGAGGCUGUUUGGACAUAUUCUAAGAAUAGAUUUGGAUGCUCCGGCAAACGCCGCCAUGGAGGACUAUUUCGAAGCUGGGGGUCAUCGUUUCCGUGGGCGACCAAGAAACAAUCUCCCGGGUACGCUGGAUAGAGACCUUAAGAGAACUGGUAAAGAAUUGAAGGACGGGGACGAUCUCGAUGCACUACGGGACGUCGCCCAAAAUCGCGGGAAAUGGAAUAAGCUAAUUACUCGUAUUGUUUCCUGUGCUGCACAAGCUUUGUCAUGA